AUGAGCAACGGCACACUAGCAAGCUUCCUCUUUGGGGAGUCAAAGCUAAACUGGCACUGCAGAAAGCAAAUUGCCUUGGGAAUUGCAAGAGGGCUCUUGUAUUUGCACGAAGACUGCAGCAGCCAGAUUAUACAUUGUGACAUCAAGCCUGAGAACGUUCUUCUAGAUGACACGUUCACAGCAAGAAUUGCGGAGUUUGGAUUAGCCAAGCUUUUGAGGACGGAUCAAACUCGAACCAUCACUGCAAUCAGGGGAACAAGAGGUUAUGUGGCCCCUGAAUGGUUCAAAGCCUUGCCUAUCACUGUUAAGGUGGAUGUUUACAGCUAUGGAAUUUUGUUGUUGGAGAUUAUCUGCUGUAGGAAGAAUUUUGAAGCGGAGGCAACCAAUGAAAAUGAGAUGAUAUUAGCUGAUUGGGCAUAUGAUUGCUAUAACCAAAGAAAGCUCCAUUUGCUACUGGACAGUGAUGAAGAAGCAAUGGAUGACAUGAGGAAGAUGGAGAAGUGUGUGAUGACUGCAUUAUGGUGCAUUCAACAGGAUCCAUCGCUUAUGAUGUUUGGUUCAAAAGUUAGAGACCUGAAUAAGUUUCUAGAGCAAACAUACGAAAGUGCAGAGAAAUGUCUGAAAACGAACUACUAUGGAAUCAAGCAAAUGAGCAAAGCACUUAUUCGACUUCUGCAAAAGUCUGAUUCACCGAAAAUGGUCAAUGUCUCUUCCAACAUAGGACGGUUAAAGCUUCUUACGCAUCAGAAAGCAAGGGAUGAGCUAGGAGAUGUCGAAGGCCUCACCGAAGAGAAAGUGGACAAGGUUGUCGAGGAAUUUCUGACGGAUGCGAAAGAGAAUUUGGUCGAAACUAAUGGCUGGCCUAUAAACUUCUCUGCUUACAAUGUGUCCAAGGCAGCCUUGAAUGCUUACACCAGAGUUCUGGCAAAGAAUCACCCCAAUAUUGCAAUCAAUGCAGUUGGUCCCGGCUACACUAGCACUGACUUGAACUUCAAUCUUGGUGGCCACUCUGUUGAAGAAGGUGCAAAGGGUCCUGUUAAGCUGGCCUUGAGCCCUGAAGGUGGACCUUCUGGCCUCUAUUUUGACCAGCUUGAAGUCUCAUCCUUCUGAAUGAAAACGUAUAUCCAAGUAUCUAUAUGUUAUAUAUAAUAAAGAUUAAAGAAGACACAGAUAGUCUCUUUAAAAUUGGGAAAUUAUAUUGUUCUAAAUACCAACAUAUGUCACUAGAAUUAUGCAUUACUUCAUAUGCAGGAGUUUCUGGAGCACAGUCACUGCAGAAUAAAUCCAUAGAACUUGCACUAUGAUUUACAUUCCUCAAGUUUUAGUGAUAUAAAACUGGAGCACUCAAAGACUAAUGGAAGUGCAGAGAAUUGUCUGAAAACGAACAGUAUUGUGGAAUGAAGCAAGUGUGGAAAGCACUUCUGCACCGAUCUGAUUCAAUCUUCAAGAAGAGAGACUCUUCGAGAAACUAGACUUCUACAUGAAUCGCAUUUGUUAUCAAAUUAUUGGCGUCGAUUCUAUCUUUUACCGGUCUAAAGUUUCUGGUCUUUGGUGCUGUAUGUGUUCGAGCUACGUACUUUGAAAUCAUAAAGCAAAAGGAGAUGGGAGCUAGGAUAUCGAUCACCUUUUGGCUUCUGAGGAA